GAUACAUCAGCAACACUUACUUCGCGGACCACUGCUUGAAAUUCGAUGGUGUGUGCAUCGAGCCAAACACCGACUACCACAGCGAGUUGAUCACGAAGCGCCGUUGCGCCGUCGUGAAGACAUGCAUCGCAGAGCAAAAGAAGGAUGUUACUUUCGUACUGCAAGGACCCUUUGGAGGAAUUGAAAGCGAAAGGAAGGUUCUAAAGAAGACAGCUACUGGGGGAAAGAGGACCACCAUGACGUGCCAGACACUGUCGGAUGUCUUCAAAGCUCAUGAGAUGACACACAUCGACUUCAUGAGCUUGGACGUUGAAGGAGCCGAGCUGGCUUGCCUAGAAGGCAUCGACUGGAACAUCGUGACCAUCGACACCAUCCUCGUCGAAGGGAACGACAACAGCUUCCAGAAGGUUGCAGAGCUCCUCACCUCCCGGGGCUACGUCAACGCCACGCAGCUCCACAGGGACGUCUUCUUUGUGCAUCGGUCGAUGGCCGGCCUUCUUCAGAAGGUGGAGGUCUGGAAUCGCGAAGUUUGCCCGCGGAUCAAUGAAGCUCUGCGGCCGGGCAUGAUCCGCUACUACUCCUGUCCAUGA